AUGUCUGAGAUCACGUCUGUUCUAAUUAUCGGUGGUGCUGGCUUUCUCGGCCUGCAUCUGAUCCAGCAAUUCUAUGAUGUGGAGAUCUCCUCAGGGAGACCACAAAUCACUGUCUUCGACGUGAGACCACUACCUGAAAAGUUAUCGAAGCAAUUCACCUUCAAUUCGCAAGAUAUUGAAUUUGUCAAGGGUGAUUUGACCUCAGCUGAAGAUGUGUCGAAUGCCAUAAAACUUGCCAAUGCGAAUGUGGUUGUCCAUGCGGCGUCUCCAAUUCACGGUGGUAAAGCGGACAUUUACCAACUAGUCAAUGUGCAAGGUACUAGAAACGUCAUUGAUGUCUGCCGUGAACAGAAGGUGAAAGCUUUGGUUUAUACGUCCUCUGCCGGUGUUAUUUUCAACGGUCAGGAUGUGCACAAUGCGGAUGAGACUUGGCCGAUCCCUGAGGAACCUAUGGACGCGUACAACGAAACCAAGGCCAUUGCUGAGGAUAUGGUUUUGAAAUCCAAUGACCCAGAUCACGGCUUCUACACAGUAGCGUUGCGUCCAGCCGGUAUAUUUGGUCCUGGUGACAGACAGCUGGUUCCAGGUCUUAGAGCGGUUGCUAAGUUAGGCCAAUCGAAGUUUCAAAUUGGUGACAACAAUAAUUUGUUUGAUUGGACUUACGCUGGUAAUGUGGCCGACGCGCAUGUUCUUGCAGCGAAAAAGAUAUUGGACCCGGAGACAGCUUUGGAAGUUUCUGGACAGACAUUUUUCAUUACUAACGACACCCCAUCAUACUUCUGGGCGUUGGCGCGGACAGUCUGGAAGGCAGACAACCAUAUCGACAAGUUUGUCAUCGUGCUAAAGAGACCAGUAGCCAUCCUUGCAGGUUAUUUGUCUGAGUUCUUCUCUAGUCUGUUGCACAAAGAACCCGGAUUAACACCUUUCCGUGUUAAGAUUGUCUGUGCGUACCGUUACCACAACAUCAGCAAAGCCAAACGAUUACUAGGCUACGAACCAAGAGUUGGUCUUGAAGAAGGGAUUCAAAAAACGCUGGCUUGGAUGGACGAAAAGUUGUAA